ACGGUCGCAGGCAGGCUGUCCGACGGCGACGACGAUCACUCUCAGUUUCAUUUCGUCGCUCGUGCCGUCCUGUUGGUCCCGCAGUCGCUUUGACACAGGUCGUAAUUGUACUACGUGGACGCGCGCGAUCCUACCGGCGAGACUUGGCAAGAUGUACAGCAGGAUCCUCAGCCGGCAGUACCAUAGUACCAAGGGAGUCUUUGGAUUCCGACCAAAACCCAGGAAGGAGUUUCAAUUGGACAAGCACAUCAGCGAGGCGCGAGUUCAACGCAGCAAUGCGUUCCGCUGGGUCGAAGCCUACCGGAACCAUGCGCACCGGACGGCCUCGGUCGACCCCGUCAAGUUCCGCCCAUCGGACGAAUCCGUCACGGAACGCACCCUAGACUACACCCGCUACGGACUCACCGUCAACGAUCGCAUUAACCCGUUCGGACUGGUCAAUACCGGCGCCAGCUCAACCAUCACCACGGAACAACUCCAAGAUCUCCUCCAGACCAUGUACUGCGGCACGACCAGCAUCGAGCUGGCCUUCAUCGAGGACGAACACGAGCGGGAAUGGCUCGCCGAACAGUACGAACGCUCCUUCCAGACGACCCUCGCGUCGAUCGAGAAGCGCGAGAUCGCCGAACUGCUGCUCCAGUCGCAGGCCUUCGACACCUUUGUCGCGACCAAAUUUCCCACCGUGAAGCGGUACGGCGGCGAAGGGGCGGAAAGUAUUAUGGCCUUCUACCGGCAGCUGUUCCGAUGUGCGGCGGAAGCUGACCUGACGAACGUGGUGGUUGGAAUGCCUCACCGCGGCAAGCUGAACGUGCUGACGACGCUGUUCCAGACGCGGCCGGCGAAGAUCUUCCGGAAGUUUAAGGGACUGCCGGAGUUUCCCGAGGGGGUGAAGGCGAUGUGCGAUAUUGCGAGUCAUUUUCACACCUCCACCGACCUCGAGGUGCUCGGCAAAACCAUCCACCUCAACAUGCUGCACAACCCGUCCCACCUGGAGGCGGUCAACCCCGUCUCGAUGGGUAAAACCCGCGCCAAGCAGCUCUCCCUCCGCGAUGGACCCUACGGAACCUCCGACUCUGGCGACCAACCCUCGCGCGUCCUCAACAUCCAACUGCACGGCGAUGGUGCCUUCGUCGGACAGGGCAUCAACCAGGAGUGCCUGAUGAUGGCCGACGUGCCUCACUUCGACGUUGGCGGGUCGAUCCACAUGAUCGUCAACAACCAGGUUGGGUUCACGACGCCCGGGGAUCGUGGUCGGGGGACGAGGUACGCGUCUGAUUUGGCCAAGAGUAUUGCGGCUCCUGUGUUUCAUGUGAACGGGGACGAUCCGGAAGCGUUGACCCGGGUGACCAAGUUGGCGUUUGACUAUCAGCAGAAGUUUGGCAAGGACGUGUUUAUUGAUUUGAACUGCUUCCGCCGGUGGGGACACAACGAGAUGGACGAUCCGACCUUUACGAAUCCGCUGCUUUACGGAGUGAUCCACAGCCGGGACUCGGUUCCGGAUUUGUACGCGAGGAAGUUGCUCGCGUCAGGGGAUCUCGCUCAAUCCGAGGUGGACGCAAUCGUGAAGAAGCACAUGGAUUAUCUCAACUCGGAGCUGCAAAACCUGAGCAGCUAUCAGCCGGAAAAGAGUUACUUUGAAAAGCAGUGGUCCGGAAUCGUUCAGGCCGGUUCGGAAGUGACCACCUGGGAUACCGGCGUCGACUACUCACUGCUCAGCCUGAUCGCUCAAACGAGCGUUAAAUGUCCGGAGGACUUUGCCCUCCAUCCGCACCUUCGGAAGCACCACGUCGAGUCUCGCUUGAAGAAGAUCGCCGAAGGAACCCGUUUGGACUGGGCCACAGCCGAAGCGAUGGCCCUCGGAAGUCUCCUGUACCAAGGUUUCAACGUUCGCAUCAGCGGAGAAGAUAUCGGGCGUGGAACGUUUUCCCAGCGGCACGCCAUGUUUGUCGAUCAGAACACGAACGAGAUCUUCGUGCCGCUGAACGAGCUGGAGGGGGGAAACGGGGGCAAGCUGGAGCUGGCCAACAGUAUUCUGUCGGAGGAGGCGGUGCUGGGGUUCGAGUACGGGAUGGCGAUCGAUAACCCGAACAAUCUGGUCAUCUGGGAGGCCCAGUUUGGGGACUUUUUCAACGGGGCGCAGAUCAUCAUCGAUACGUUCCUGACGACGGGGGAGACCAAAUGGAUGGUCUGCAACGGUCUCGUCAUGCUGCUCCCGCACGGCUUCGACGGUGCCGCCUCCGAGCACAGCUCCUGCCGCAUGGAGCGCUUCCUCCAGAUGACCGAUUCGCGCGAGUCCACCCCCGACGGAGACGACGUCAACUUCCAGGUCAUCAACCCGUCGACGCCGGCCCAGUAUUUCCACGCCCUGCGCCGCCAGAUGAUCCGCAACUUCCGCAAACCGCUGGUCGUCGUCGCGCCCAAGACGCUGCUCCGGCUUUCCGAGUGCGUUUCGUCGCACGCCGACCUGGCCCCGGGAACGUACUUCCAGCCGGUGCUCGGCGAUCGCCACGUGGCGGACCCCAAAAAGGUCAAACGGGUGGUGCUGUGCAGUGGCAAGCACUACUACAAUCUCAACGCGGAACGCGUUGCGUCGGGAAGGGGCGAUGUGGCACUGGUUCGGGUUGAGUCGCUGUGUCCGUUCCCGGUGCAGCAGAUCCAGGAGGAGAUGGCACGGUAUGCGAACGCUAAGGAGUUUGUCUGGAGCCAGGAGGAGCACCGGAACAUGGGCGCGUGGACGUUUGUGCAGCCGCGGUUCGAGAACAUGUGCGGCAAAAGGAUCAAGUACCGAGGACGUUACGAGGGAGCGACCGUGGCUGUUGGAGUUAGUUCGUGGCAUGCCAAGGAAGCGGAACAGGUCGUCAAGUCGGCGUUUGAGUGAAAAAUUAACUUCAUCCAUUGAAGUAGUGCCAUAUAACAAAACAGAUAAUUCAUUACGUUUGCAGAUUUUUAUAAGUGCUUCAAAGUUUUAAAAGCUGAUAUGAGUGAAAAUAUAUGAAAAGUUUAAAAGUCCAAAA